AUGGCAUCGAAAUGCAUAGAUGAUUGUCUAAACAUCAAUAGCGAAGCGGUGUGCGUCCGCCCGGGUACUACUUAUGCUAAGCUCUACAAAUGGCCGGUGGCCGAGGUAGAGUUCGUACGGUCAAUUAGCAACGGCGGUAGCCAACGAAGUGCCAUGGUGAACAGCAUCUCUUGCAGGCAAAUAUAUCUUAGGAGCUAUACAUUCUCAAGAAAAGAAGAGAAUGAAUACAAAAGAGAAGGUCAAGAUGGUGAGGAUGCAGGUGAUCGAAGUAUCAAACGGAGAUGUUUUGGAGGAAGAAGAGGAAGGAACAAGGCGGCAAAGAACGGUACGAAGACAAGGAAAACGGUAUCACAUAGGGCGUAUGUGGUGAGACUCGUAAGGAAAUGUUUGUCUUGUGUUUCCUCUGCUAUGUUUAAUAUUGAAAAAUGA